ACCUAAGAAGAAAAUCUCCAAAUGUAUUAGGGACAUUUAUUUUAAAGGAUUUGAAAGAAAACUUUUCCCCCUGAAAUGUUCAUUGUGAAGAAUUUGGAAAACAUUUCACCUGUCUGGCACCUUUUACUGUGAAUGGUUUGUAAAAUACAAACUUUUUCAUGAGCUUUUAUGAUGAAGUGUUGGAAUUCUUGUUGGACUUUUAAUGUGAAAACAUUCAACUGUUGGCCUGGAAUCAUUAUGAAGAGGAGUUAAACACUAUAAUUUAACCAAUCACUGCUCACAACAAGAUGAUUUCUUAUGUGGAAUGUCUGAGUGGUGAGGGGGUGGGGGCUGGCGUGACAUCACACUGUUGGAAUAGGAGACCUGAUGAAGAACUAGAUGAGCUGCUUCCAGGCAAGAUGGCCAUCCUCCAACCAAAAAUGGAGGGCAGCUUGAGGCGGCGUUUGCUCAGCGCCAAAAUCCAUCAGCAGCAAAAUGCCAUGUUGGGUUUGAAUACCAGUGGAACAAACAGGCCGGGAUCACCCUCGGGUGACAGGAAACCUCACGUUCAGUGUCCUGGCAACGUUCCCUGGCAACUCCCACCACACCCCAAUGUUCACCCUUCUCUUGCCCCUGAAGCUCAUGGGAAAUUCCUUCUAAUUCCAGAAGUUCAUGGGAAACCCCAAAAGCAGUUCCCAUCCCUUCAGGUGCAGCGCCCUUCCUGCUCUGUCCUCACUCAUCGACGCCGAACUAGUUCCUGUCCCCCAUCACCAGAACCUCGCCCUGGCUAUGGAUUACCUGCUGCUUCCUAUUUGAGCAUCACAAACCCCUCCAAGGGACCAGAGGUGUCACCCCAGUACUGCUACCAGCCCACCAAGAGGCACAGAUUCUUUUCCUUCAGAUGCUACAAAGAAAAAAGUUCUACACGCGAAGCUCUUAUGACUACACCCCUUUUGCAGAAAGGGGAUGGGGACAGUAAAUGGUCUGUUCACUACACUUCCCAGAAACCUCAGCAUGGAUUGAGCUUUAUUCCAGGGAAAAGAAGAUCAGGCAGUUCUGAUGACCUGCAAGCAUGUAACGAGCUGACUCAGCAAAGCUGCUCUCACCCACCGAGCCCCAGCUUCUCUCCAUUCACCGGCCUCGACCAAUCAGAGAGCAGAAAACACCGAAGGUGGCGGACUCAAAGCAGAAAGAUGAGGUCCAGAGUCUUGGAUUUUUUUUCUCAGUCUUGCUUUUCAGUUUGUUUCAAGUUUUCACUUUGGAGGAGAAAGGCUUCAGGAUCCUCAGAUGAGGAUGAGAGGUUUUUCCUCAACAACCCACGACCCAUGACUCCGCUGGUCCUGAACCAGGUUGGUCUCACCUCCGGCUGGGAUGAGCUAGCAUCACCCAACAACUCUUCUUUUGAUGCGGAAAUGGAUCCUUUUCAUCGACUUCCAACACCAGAGGAGAAGAUGAGGCAGCAGGCAGAUGCAGUCACAGCUGAUAUAGUUCCUAUUAAUGUAACAGGGGAAAGUUUUGAUCGACAGGCCAGUUUUCGGAGAGCUCUCUCUAACACAGACUCAUUAACCCGACGACCUCAUCAACUGAGCCGCCGUAAGACAGUUUCUGUGAUAGAAGAUGCUGUUAUCCCAAAGCCCUUGGUCUCUGUAGAACUUCCUGGUCAGUUCUCCACAGUGGGUCGACCUGCCUCAUCCUGCUGCACCUCUUCAGAUCAACAGAUGAACUCAAAGGUGGAUGAUGAGGAAAUUGAAAAAAUCAAAAAGGAGGGCCUUUUGUUCACAAGGAGGAUUCGAGCACCCAAAGGAGAGGGCAUGUCCAGCCUCAUGGCCUCCCUUACCACCUCUCCACAUGUCAACAAGCACCCCAUCUCCUGCCACUCAUCCUCCUCGGACAUCCACAGUCUCCCUCAUUUAGCCACCAACUUUUCUCCAAGUUCUGAGGUCAGCAGUGUCAGCGCCUCCUCGUCUAAUAGCCAGUUACAGGAUUUACAGGAUUUUCCAAACAACUUUCUGCCCUCACUACCCUUUGACACCAGGACCAGAGUGGUACCCCAGUCUCCUUCCUCCUCCUCUGCUUUUUGUCCUUCUUCCCCUGUCAAUUCCUCCAUCCCCAACAUGCCAAGUCAAUUCCAGCCUGAAUGGUCUCCCAACAAUAGUCCUUAUAAUGAAACUUCCUUUUCCUCUCAUUAUCUCUCCUCCUCCUCCAUAGCAGAUUCUGUGUCUCAGUUUAGUUACCAAGCUCUGGAUGACCAAACGGCCUCAGGGCAGAAUGCUCAGAGUUUUUGUGAUUGUGACUCCAUCAAUGAGGAGAGUUGGAGCUACAGGCCUCUUUCCCCCAACUCCAGUAUCUACAGUGGUAUCACCCAGAACACAGGAGGCGGCUCAGAGGAAAGUUGGAACUGUGACCCCCUGCUGUCCUCUGGUCGCUCCACUCCCUCCUGUGCUGAUAACAACUCAAUUUAUUCAGAGAAAAUAAAAUCUCCAUUGCUUAAACAUGAGAAAAGGAAGUCCAGUACUUCCUCAUUCUACUACGGUACCAUAAACCGAAGCAUCUCUCUACGAAAGUCCAAGAACCCACCUCCUCCACCAAUGCGUUCUGACUCUUUGAAGCGCCGUACAGGUUGCAACAAAGCCUCCUGCUCUUCAACAAGUCCUUGGCUUGAUCGCAGUCAUGUGGAUCGCAACACCUUGUAUACAUCCACCUCACCUCCCCAGGCCUUUUAUGACCCCUGGGUGCCCCGAAGCAACAUCAGAAGAUGGCAGAGUGGUUUGAACUGUGGAACAGUAACAACCUUCGAAUCUUUGAGCCUAAACUCCCAAACAAAAACCUGUACUGAAUCACUGCCUUCCAACAACCCACUGAGUCCUGAGUGCCACGUGCUUGACUCUGAAGCUCCAAGUUCAAAAGAUGAAGAGCUGGAACUUCCACUGGACCAGCCCACACCUGACUCCUCUGCAACUGGGCUCCAGCGCCUUGCUUCACCAUCCAGUGGUUACUCCAGUCAGUCCAACACCCCAACUCCUGGUACUCCAGUGUCUUCACCCCUCAACCCUUCCUCCCCCUUCACGAGUUCUGGAGCCUUCUUACUUCCUUCAACCUCCCCACUGUUGACUUCAUGUUCUUCCUCUUUACUCUUGUCCCCUGCAGCAUUCUCCCUUCCCAGGACUAGGUCUCAUGGUGGAAGUAGGCCAAAACCACCAGUUCCCCAGAGGAAGUCAUCACUCAUCUCCUCCUUCUCUUCCUUGUCCUCCCUGUCCUACCCCACUUCCUCUGACUCUUUACCCAGGCAUCCUCCUAAUCCGCCUCCACCUUCCCUACCUCUUCCACAAUCUUCACCUCCCCUAUCUGAGUUUUGCUUGUCUACCCCUAAUAGUUCUCCUCCUUCACCUUCCCUGCCACAGUUUACUACUCCUGCUUCUGGGCUAUGCCUUUUUACCCCUUUAUCAGUCAUCUCUAAUCCUCAUCCCCCUCUCUCCCCACCUCCUCUUCCAGAGCUUCCCUCUUCUUUUCUUCCUACACCUCCUCCUGCUCCUCCCCUUCCAAAGAUCGGCCUUCCUGCUGUGCUGUCUUUUAACAAACUUCCUGGCCCUCCUCCUCCACUUUUGUCACCUCUCCCAACGUCAUCUCUCCCCAUGCCACCUAUUUUACCUCCUUCUGUCCGGCCUCCUCCUCCUCCCUAUUCCUAUGCUGUGAGCCGGAGAUCCCACCACACACUGGAUUCCACAGUGCCGUCUGCUUUAUAUCCACUUGUAACUUCCCUUCCACCUUCCUCAUCUUCUGAUUUCACAGACAAACCUGACCUUCCUCCUCCACCCCCUCUGCCACCUAGUCCUCCACCUCUGCCUUUUCCCUCAAAACCUUCCACAUCUUUCUUCUCCUCAUCAAGUCCUAACAUGUCCCCAAGGUCUCCCUGUCUACUGAUCACUGAUCAGGCUUUGCAGUGCAUCAAGCUUCGUUCUGUUAAGAACCAGAAAAUCCCACAAUCCAACGGUAACCCCACUGAAGCUAAACUUCAUACCCAAGUUAGCAUUUCAGGAAAAGACUCUAACCAAAGUGAGGAUGGCCAACUGAAUUGCACAGUGUUAGGUGAAGUUAUUGUUGAUUGCCUAAACACUGAUUCUGAGCUAUCAGGACCAGGAGAAGAACAUAUCGAUACGGUGGCUGGCAGAGAAGAAAGUGCGUUACUGGUUAACUUUCAAAGUCCAGUCAGCAAUGAAGUAAAACAGCAGGAACUCGAUUACUAUGACAAAAGAGAAAGUGAGAGUGAGAAUGCAAAUGAGUCAGGUGAUUCCAAUCUUCAAAGACUACAUGGCAGCUCAGCUAACCAGAAAGAGCAUGGUACUCAGCUUAAUAAAGAAAUGCCACAAACCACCCAGUUUAAUGGACAACAAAGGGAGGAUUCGGACAUGUAUCUCACUCUGGAAAAUGUUCAAGUCUCCAGUCCUGAGAGUCCUUGGGCAAAAUUGGGUCACGAUGCUGACAAAUAUCAAAUUAACACCAAUUUUCAGACUUUUUCUUCUGAACAACCCCCUAAACCAUUUAAGACCACAGAGAGACUGAAGGAAAACAAGGCAAGACUCUCAGAGAGCAAAAAAGAAAGUGAGAAAGAUGAAAAGAAUAAAUCACAAAUACAGAGUCCAUGUGUAGUUGAUAGAGUUUCAACAAUUGUUGUGCAGCAUAAUAACAAAGACUUAAAAUCAAGGAGCUCAGGGAGGUUAAACUCCCCAGAGAAACCAGUUCCUCCAAAAAAGUCUGAUCUUUGUGUUUUGGGUCCCAAGGCCAAAAGAGAACCAGGUAGAUCAAAGAGUCCUGAGAGUUCUACUGGGCUUAACAACCAAUCACAGCUUUCCAUUGAUUCCUUGGACACACGUUUCCUCACACAUUUGACCAAAAGUAAACAAUUGCCAAAGCAGUUGACAAGCACUUGUGUCCUUUCGGCACUACCUGAACGUUCAUUUAACAGCAUCCACUCACUUGCCAGUUCCCCUCAACAUCAGAAGCCCCAAAUUUUGCAAAAGAAGCCAGAUCUCUCAUUGACUUCACACAAAACACCCUUUGCUUCUAAAACCACAGCAUCAGGUCUGAAUGGGACCACAGGGACCACUAGUAUUUUACAAACUCAAAACACUGUAAGGACCAGUAGCACCUUAGAAACAGUGUGCAACACAAAUAAAAGAAAUCCUGAGGAGACCUGCAGUACCCCACAGAAUUUGAAGAUCUGUGGAGCUCAUGACCAGUCAGGAACAGUAGGGGUUGAUCCUUCACAAGUCCCUGAAACUACUUCAACCAGUGCUGAAGGAACCCAGGCUGUGGCGCCAGACCAUAAUUAUUUUGGGAUUAUUGAGUCAAAACUUCAAGAUGAGAAAAAUACAUAUCAUAUGAGGACGAUGAGUUCCUCUUUGGAUGAAGAGGAAGAAGAGCAGGAGAGGGUGAAAAAACGAGUUAAACGGACAACAGUUAUGAUGAAAACUUCACCUAGCAAAAAAGACAAAGCUAAAAAGCGGCACAAGAGAUUGGGUAAGCAACUAUUGAUGAUACCACCGAAAAUGGAACCUUCUUCCUCAAUGUCUUCAUCUACAUCAUCAUCUUCAUCCUCGUCUGAAAAUGAACAAGAUGUAAAAAUAUAUAGACUGGAGAGGCUGAGAACAAUGAAAGUGUGUGAUCAAGAGACAAGUGACUCUGAAGGUUGCUGUUCUCUGAUUGGUGAGAGCAGGUUCUCUCUCAGCAGUGUGCUGUCCACGGAAAACCUGCAAGGGGAGCUGUCCCUGCCAGACCUUCUUAUAAAGGAACCUGAUGAAGAAGAGGAGGAGCAAGGAAAGAGUGAAGCCUCGAGAAGAGUUAAGGAGCUCAAGGAAACCAACAGGCCCUCAAAUGAUGAUGUGUUCGUCAGCAUUUCAGCGGAUCAAAUGUUUGCCUCUGGUCAUCCUCGAACCACAGAGGAUCUUUUUGCGAUCAUCCACAGAUCAAAACGGAAGAUGCUUGGAAGAAGGGAUUUAGAUGAAGAGAAGCUUAGUGUCUCUUCCUCCUCCUCCCCUCCUGAGACACCCACUGACCACUCAUCCCACCUGACCCGACCCGCACCUUUCAUAAGUCACAGGUCAGCAAGAAGUGAGCGCUUUAAGGCACUCCUCUUGAGAAAGGGAAGUCGAGUCGAUCCAUCUUCUCGAAUAUCUGCAGUUGAGCGUCUUCGAGUUAUUCAGCCUCCACCUCCUGCUGCCAACAUCCAGACAUCACCUCCUCUUCCAACUCCAAACCAGUUAAAACCUGGAAACCCCUCUUGUGAAGCGGAGCACACCAGUAGACCUGUUCACCUGAGUAUAGACGUCCCAGAACUUCCCACAUCUCCCUGUUCUCUGUCCAUGAUGUUUGAUUGGAGAAGACGGGAUUUGAUGCACAAUCACCUCUUCCUGACCUCCAACUCUUUGUAUCCCUUUUUUGUCUUCACCUCCUCCCAUGUUCGACCUCGCUCCCUCACACCGCCCUGCUCCGCCUCCCAUCGCUUUGCGGCUCGCUGCAGCCUCAUCUCUGCCCCAAUGACCGCCAUCUUUGAAGGGGAGGAAGAAGACGAGGAGGUUCUUGUUGAUGCACCAGGAGGCAGUGGGAACUCAAGCAUAAGACUGGUUUAGAUUUCUUGAUGCAUUCAGAAAAAAUGAUUUCUGAAUGCUUUAAAAACACUCUGAAAUGGGUAAAUCUGCCUCGCAGGUCCAACCUGAAGCAUUUACCUGAAUUUACAGCAACAUAUUGAACAUGCUAUUUUUUGGUCACCAGAAAUGUCUAGAAACCCGCAUGUGUUUUUAUUGUAUUUUUAAUGUAUUUUUAUUUUUGUGUUUAUUGUAUUCUCACUGUCAUUUACUGUAGCUUGUUGACUCUUUUGCACUUUAAUUUUGAGUAGUCACACCUUUGAGAUUUUUCUAAUUAUGACACAAAACUAAAUGUUCUCAUAAAAAGCUUAAGGUCAUAUUUUUAAUAUAAAAACAUUAUGUAAUCAUAAAAAUAUCAGUGUUAAUCAGUUGUAUAUGAAAGCUUCAUUGAACAUUUUUCACAGCUUCAAAGCUUUUGUGCUUACUGUAAUGAAUCAUUUUAAGAUUUUCUUCAGUAAAUGAAAAAUGCCACUCCUUGUUUUUCUUCAAAAUCUAUGUAGCUGUAAUGUUGGUGUGUGUUCGAUGAAUAAAUGGAACAAUGAUGCAUGAUAUCUCUUUUAUGCAAAAUGAUUAGAGAUUUUUCUUGAAAGAACAGACAGUAAUAAUUUGUAAAACACUUAAACCCAUAAAAAUAUAAUCAGAAUUACUAUAAAUUUUUAUAGCAUUGUAUUUCCAAAUCAUGAGACCAAACUAAAAAUAACCCACAUGAAAAAAAUGACUGAUGGAAACUUUUAGAAUCAUUUUUAUGUGUUAUUAAAUGAUUUCUCCUCGCAAUAAAGCAACAAUGAAGUUUUCUUAAAAGAAUUUUUGCUGUAAUUUGAUAUUUAUUGAUUUUAGGUUUUUAAAAGUUAGACUUUUCUGUUAAAACUAUUAACAUAAAAAUUAGCUGGUUUAGAUCUAUAAAUAACUUGUCUUUUCAUGUUUUUACAAAAUUUACAGCUGGAUUCAUGUUAUUUUUUAUUUGUAGUAUUUUAAAAUAUGAGUGAUAGUCUCAGUUUGAUAUUUAAAAGUAUAGCAGACAGUUAAAGAAUGUAAAGAAUGUAAAUGCUGUCUAACAUAAGAGGUUUAGAUAUAAUCUGUAAUCAAAACAUAAGUAAAGAGUUGAGAAAAAAAUCACUGAAAAAGUGUUGUUGGUUCAUAUGGUAAGAUGGAAACUGAAUGUUUUAAGAAAAAUGAAAAUGAAAGCAGAGACCUUGUUUGUUAGAAAAUUAUUAAAAAUGAAUCUAAGCAAUAAAGAAACAAUUAUGAAA